UCCUAGGCACGUUAGUCGGUCUCGUUGGUCUUUGUCGUGGCCCGGGUUGUUGAGCGUCCUUGUCUGCGUCGUCAGUUCUUCGGAAACCCACACAUUAAGCAUGGCUGCCAAGCAAGAGCGUACUUUCAUCGCCAUCAAGCCUGACGGCGUACAGAGGGGGCUUGUCGGUGACAUCAUCAAGCGCUUUGAGCAGAAGGGCUUCAGGCUCGUGGCCAUGAAGUUUCCUCCAGUCAUUGCUUCUGAGGAUCUUCUGAAGCAACAUUACAUUGACCUGAAGGACAGGCCUUUCUACAACGGACUUGUCAAGUACAUGGGUUCCGGACCUGUCGUUGCCAUGGUUUGGGAAGGCCUUAAUGUCGUGAAGACUGGCAGAGUUAUGUUGGGUGAGACCAACCCUGCAGAUUCUAAACCUGGCACCAUUAGGGGAGAUUUCUGCAUUGAAGUUGGCAGGAAUAUCAUCCACGGCAGUGACUCUGUCGAAAGUGCCAACAAGGAGAUCAGUCUGUGGUUCAAGCCUGAAGAGCUGGUGUCUUACCAAAGCUGUGCUUUCAGCUGGAUCUACGAGUGAAACGACUUGUGCGACGUAACCUCGCUCAGACCCAACCCUUGCACUUCUGCGGACCAUCCAUCUCAAAUGCUGUAGGCCUUGAAUUUGUACCGUCUGUUCUAAGCACUUGUUGAAUAAAACCCAUCAAGGAACUGA